CAGCGCGUUAGGUCAACAAAAGGAAAUAAUGCGUGCGCGGAGCAAUUCUUUCUGGGCCUCAUCAGCGUCGUGUCUAUAAAUACCGACGCUUCCUCACCCCUCAACGCACCUAAAGAAAAGAGAGAACGAACAGAUAGCGAGAGAGAGAGGUAAAGUGUGAUUCGUCUACCGCAAGAUUCCUUCCUUCUCGUCUCUCGAAUCCUCACUUCACAGGAUCACUGUUUCUGCUGCUGAUAUUAGGUUUGGAGGGUUCUCCGGUAACGCCCCCGUCCCCAUUGAAUCGUCAACCCAUUGCCGGUUCCCUCUUUUACCCCUCCGCCGUUUCCUUCUUCCGAUCGACUUCCUCAGGGGUAGCAGUGGUUUCAGAAUACGCAUGAGCUGUUUGGUGAAGCCUGGUUUCUCAAAUCCCAACAAAACCCUCCUUUCUAAUUUUUGCCCUCUCCUCUUGAGUAUUUUUAAUUCCCGGACGAAAAGCCUCGCCAUCAAUUCUUUGGUCCUCAGAUUAUUGAGAUUGUUGUCGCUGCUUAAUAUUAAUUUUAGUUCGUUGAAUUCCUGUAAUUUCGAUUGCCGUUCUGCCCCGUUAUUUAACCAUGGAAUCGCAAGACAAGAGUGAUCGCAAUCGCCAGAUCCAAAGAGCCUUUUGCUAUUCAAAAGAUGAGAGGAGGCUUGCUGCUUCUCCGUCAGUCAUUGUCAUAGGGGCUGGUUUUGCAGGGCUUGCAGCUGCUCGAGCUCUUUAUGAUGCUUCAUUCCAGGUUGUUGUGUUGGAAUCAAGAGAUAGAAUUGGUGGCCGUGCACACACAGAUUACACGUUUGGUUUCCCAGUUGACUUGGGGGCAUCUUGGUUACAUGGGGUCUGCGACGAGAAUCCUCUGGCACAUGUCAUCGGACGACUUGGGUUACCUCUAUACCGUACAAGUGGGGAUAAUUCGGUCUUAUAUGACCACGAUCUGGAAAGCUACGCUCUCUUUGACAUGGAUGGAAACCAAGUUCCCCAGGAAUUGGUUACAAAUAUUGGAGUGACCUUUGAAGGCAUUUUGAAAGAGACAGAAAAAGUUAGACAGGAAUUUAGUGAAGACAUGUCUAUGAAGCGUGCAAUUUCUAUGGUCUUUGAGAGAAGGCCAGAUUUAAGGAUGGAUGGACUUGGCAAUAAGGUGUUACAGUGGUAUCUAUGCAGAAUGGAGGGUUGGUUUGCUGCUGAUGCUGAUACCAUAUCACUUAAAUGUUGGGAUAAGGAAGAAUUACUUCCAGGUGGCCAUGGUCUUAUGGUGAGGGGUUAUCGUCCUGUGAUAAACACACUAGCAAAAGGUCUUGAUAUCCGCUUAGGUCACAGAGUUGAAAAAGUUGUGAGGCGCUAUAAUGGAGUGAAGGUAACAGUUGAGGAUGGGAGAACAUUUAUGGCCGAUGCUGCAAUUGUGGCUGUGCCACUUGGCGUGCUAAAAUCAAAUCGUAUCACGUUUGAGCCCAGAUUGCCCGAAUGGAAGGAAGUUGCAAUUAAAGAGCUCGGUAUUGGAAUUGAGAACAAGAUUGCUCUUCACUUUGGAGAGAUUUUCUGGCCUAACGUUGAGUUCUUGGGAGUUGUGGCUGAGACUACUUAUGAGUGCAGUUACUUUCUUAACCUCCACAAGGCAACAGGGCAUCCUGUCCUUGUUUACAUGCCUGCCGGGCAAUUGGCCCGGGAUGUUGAGAAGAUGUCUGAUGAGGAUGCUGCGAAGUUGGCAUUCAGUCAACUCAAAAGAAUACUUCCCAAUGCUUCUGAACCGAUUCAAUAUCUUGUUUCACAUUGGGGAAGGGAUGAGAACUCGCUGGGCUCAUACAGCUAUGACACAGUGGGCAAAUCCCAUGACAUGUACGAGAGGCUUAGAAUACCAGUGGACAACCUCUUCUUUGCUGGAGAGGCCACGAGCAUAGAUUACCCAGGGUCCGUACAUGGUGCUUAUUCCACUGGAUUGAUGGCCGCAGAGGAUUGCAGGAUGCGUGUUCUUGAGCGCUUUGGAGAGUUGGAUCUUUUUCAACCUGUCAUGGGCGAGGAUACUCCCGUCUCUGUUCCUCUCUUGAUUUCCCGCAUCUAAAAUUCUGGUUAGGCUAGCACAGAUUGCGCACUGUGUUUUGUGAUAAAACUGGUUAGAAGUUCUCAGUUGUUGCACACAGUAAAUGAUCGAAGCACACACCAGUCCAAACGGCUGAGUGGCGCUAUUAUUAGUGUUGAUGGAGGCAUGUGAACAGUGUUUUGUUCUGUAUGGACUAGAUUUUGUGUCAUGCCUGUUGAAGAACACUUGUUAUUAUUUUAGUGUUAAACUUUUGUUUGUUAUCAGAGAUUUGUUUCCAUUCUAAUUUGCUGCUAUUAAACCUA